AUGACUUGCGAAGCGACUGGGACGACGAAAUUAGAAAUUGCGGAGACAGCUGCACAGACCAGCGUCAGUAGCAGCAGUGGCCCAGCCAAGACUGGCCCAGCCCAUGCCAGUGGCAUUAGCAGCAGCGGCCAGCCCAGUCCAAUUAAACCCAAUCUGGCGGCAAUAGCAGCACCAGCAGCGAUCCAGCACGUUCCAGUCCAGUUCAGCCCAGCGGAAUUAGCAGCAGCAACAGGACCGGUCCUGCCCAGGCCAGUGGCAGUAGCAGAAGUGGUAGCAGCGGCCCAGUAUGGUCCAGUCCAGCUCUUCCUGUCGGCAGUAGCAGCAACAGCAGCAGCAGCAGUGGCCCAGUGCAGUCCAGUCAAGCCCAGUCCACAGGCAGUAGCAGUGGCAGCAGAAGCGGUCCAGCUCGGACCAGCUAAGCCAGUCCAGAGGCAGCAGCAGCAGCAGGAACAGCAUGAGCAGUCCAGCUCAGUCCAGUUCAGCCCAGGCCAGUCCAGCUGCACCCAGCCUAGUGGCAGCAGCAGCAGCUGUGGCAGCAGCGCCCCAGACCAAACUGGUCCAGCCCAGCCCAGCGGAAGUUGUGGCUGCAGCAGCAAUGGCCCAGCCUGGUCCAGUCCAGCCAAGCCUAGCGGCAGUAGCAGGAGCAGCAGAAGCAGUGCAUCCUGGUCCAUCCCAGGCCAGUGGCAGCAGCAGCAGCAGCAGGAGCAGUCCAGCCCAGUCUCAUCUGGAUCAGCCCAGUGUGGCAGUAGCAGCAGUAGCAGCAGCAGCAGCUGCUGCUGCAGUCCAGUCCAGUCAGGUCUGGUCCAGCCCAGCCAGACAGUAGUGGCAGCAGCAGCAGAAGCAGUGCAGUCUGGUCCAUCCCAGUUUGGUGGCAGCAGCAGUAGCUGCAGCAGCGGCUCAGAGCGUUACAGUGCAGCCCAGAGCAGCGGAAAUAGCAGCAGCAACACUGGUCCAGCCCAGUGUGGUCCAGCUCAGGCCAGUGACAGUAGCAGAAACGGUAGCAGUAGCCAGGCCCGGUCCGUGACAGCCCAGCCCGUCAGCAGUAGCGGCAAUAGAUGCAGCGGCCCAGCCUCAUCCAAUCCUGCCCAAUCCAUUGGCAGUAGCAGCAGCAGCAGCAGCAGAAGCGGUCCAGACCAGUCUGGUCGAGCCCAGCCCAGUGGCAGUAGCAGCAGUGGCCCAGCCCAGUCCAGUCCAGCCCAGACCAGCAGCAGUACAAGCAGCAGCAGCAGCGACUCAGCCCAGUAUAGUCCAGAGCAUCCCAGCCCAGCAAUAGCAGCAUCAGCAGCAGAAACAGUCUAG